AUGGUGUUACAAAAUAAGAAUUGGAAUACCCAUAAUGGAGGAAUUAUAGUUUCGCAUUUCCCUCCUGAACAAACUAUAAGUCUAGGGAAAAAUGUUGAAGCUACAGCUUAUCUGAAUCUUCAGAAGGUGGAGAGUGAUCAUAUUACUCUCAAAGAAAUAAAUGCGAUAAUUAAAUCUCAGAAUUACACUAAUUCUUUCCUUAUUUGUUUAGGUGACCAAUUUAUGUCCCUAGAAAAAGAUAUUACUGAUUUAAAAUUACUUUUUGAAGAACAAUUAACUAAGCAAAGUCUAAUUUUAAAACAAUUAGAAAAGAAUAAAAAUGAUAUGGAGUCUUCAGAAAUUAUUAUUAAUAAAGAUGUCCCUAUCAUUCAACCACCUAUAGCGGUAGAAGGAUUUAAAUUAAAAUCUAAUAAUAAUGAAUUUAUUCAUGUUUUAGAAGAAAAGCUUAAGCAGAUGCGCUUAAAUGUUUUAUCUCAAAAAGGUAUGUCUGACACCUCUGAUAUAGAAGAUAUUGACCAAUUAACAGAAAUAUUUGCUAAUGAAGAGAUUAAUGAUCAGGUUGCACAAGUAAAUCCUAUUUAUGCUCCUAAGCCAGUAGAAAAAUACUACUAUAAGAGGCCAUCGCCUCAAGAUUUACUCUUUGAAGAAACUGAACCCUUUCAGAAUUCUUAUUCUGGAAAGGCCAUUUAUGAAUGGAAUAUUGAUGGCUUAAAUGAUAAGCAAAUUAUUGAUAUGAUACAUAGGAUAAUCAUGUAUUCCUCUGUGUGUAAACAACAAGGGAAUUCUGAUAGUUCUAUAGCUUCGUUUAUAACGACUGGUUUUAUUGGCCAAUUAAGAGGUUGGUGGGAUCAUUACCUCACUGAUGCUCAGAAGAAAGAAAUUCUUUCUCAUAAAAAACUUAUUAAAACUGAAACAUCAAGUAGUAGUACUACUAUCACUACUACCGGAGAGGAAGAUGCAGUUUAUACACUAUGUCUUUCUAUUCUACAACAUUUUGUAGGAACUAAUGUACCCAUUGCUGAGAAAUUGCAAACAUUAUUGCAAAAUCUUAGAUGCCCAUCUUUAACUCACUUUAGAUGGUAUAAAGAUACUUUUCUAUCUAGAGUUUUUCAAUUAAAUAAUCCCAAUUCUAUGCAUUGGAAAUCAAAAUUUGUAGAUGGUUUGCCUCAUCUUUUUGCUGAAAGAAUAAGACAAACUCUUAGAAACAAUAAUGAUGGAAUAAAUAUUAAUUAUUCUGAUUUAACUUAUGGCCAAAUCAUUAGUACAUGUAUUAAUGAAGGCUUAUCUUUAUGUAAUGACAUAAAACUUAAAAACCAACUUAAAAAACAGAAAUUAACUGAAAAACACCAAAUAGGUGAAUUUUGCGAACAAUUCGCUUUUGAUCUUGAAAAACCCCCUGAGAGCAGGAAGAAGGGUAAAAUAGAAAGGUUCAAACCUUAUAAAGGUAGAAGAAAAAAUCCCCCAGAUACUUAUAAGUAUUCCUACAAGAAAAAACGUAGAAAAAAUUAUUCCAAGCCAAAAUAUAAGGAUUAUACUCCUAACUUUAGUAGAAAAAGAAAAGCUAAAAAGCUUGACAUAACUUGCCACAAAUGUGGAAAGAUCGGUCAUUAUGCCAAUCAAUGUAGGACUAAAAAAGCCCUAAAUGAAAUUGAGGAUGAAGAACUUAGAAAUCAGCUAGAAAAGGUUCUUCUUAUUAAUUCUAGUUCUGAAUCUGAAACUGAGUCCUCUAAUGAUGAGGUUAGCUAUAGCUCUUCUUCAGACACAUCUGACAAUAAUAACUGUCAAUGUAAUGAACUAAGUUAUUGGAAAUCCAUAGUAGAAAUGAAUGGUCUAAAUGUUUUGACCAAUGAACAGGAUGAAGCUUUAAAAGCUUUAGAAUCCAUAUCAGAUGAUAAUCUAAGGAGAAAGUUAAUAUAA